AUGGGCUCCAGGAUCAAGCAAAAUCCAGAGACCACAUUUGAAGUGUAUGUUGAAGUGGCCUAUCCUAGGUCAGGUGGCACUCUUUCAGAUCCUGAGGUGCAGAGGCAAUUCCCAGAGGACUACAGUGACCAGGAAGUUCUACAGACUUUGACCAAGUUUUGUUUCCCCUUCUAUGUGGACAGCCUCACAGUUAGCCAAGUUGGCCAGAACUUCACGUUCGUGCUCACUGACAUUGACAGCAAACAGAGAUUCGGAUUCUGCCGCUUAUCUUCAGGAGCUAAGAGCUGCUUCUGUAUCUUAAGCUAUCUCCCGUGGUUCGAAGUAUUUUAUAAACUACUUAACAUCUUGGCAGAUUAUACAACAAAAGGACAGGAGAGUCAGUGGAAUGAGCUUCUGGAAACUCUGCACAAACUUCCCAUCCCUGACCCAGGAAUGUCUGUUCAUCUCAGUGUGCAUUCUUAUUUUAAUGUGCCUGAUACCAGAGAACUUCCCAGCAUACCUGAGAAUAGAAAUCUGACAGAAUAUUUUGUGGCUGUGGAUGUAAACAACAUGUUACAUCUGUACGCCAGUAUGCUCUACGAACGCCGGAUACUCAUCAUUUGCAGCAAACUCAGCACUUUGACGGCCUGCAUCCACGGGUCUGCCGCCAUGCUCUACCCCAUGUUCUGGCAGCAUGUGUACAUCCCCGUCCUGCCACCACACCUGCUGGAUUACUGCUGUGCUCCCAUGCCCUACCUCAUAGGAAUCCAUUUAAGUUUAAUGGAGAAAGUUCAAAACAUGGCCCUGGAUGAUGUCGUGAUCCUAAAUGUGGACACCAACACCCUGGAAACCCCCUUCGACGACCUGCAGAGCCUCCCGAAUGACGUGAUCUCUUCACUGAAGAGCCGGCUAAAGAAGGUCUCCACCACCACUGGCGACGGUGUGGCCAGAGCCUUCCUCAAGGCCCAGGCUGCUUUCUUCGGCAGCUACCGGAACGCUCUGAAAAUUGAGCCAGGCGAGCCAAUCACCUUCUGUGAGGAGGACUUCGUGUCCCACUAUCGCUCUGGAGCCAUGAGGCAGUUCCUGCAGAAUGCCACCCAGCUGCAGCUCUUCAAGCAGUUUAUCGAUGGUAGAUUAGACCUUCUCAAUUCCGGCGAAGGUUUCAGUGAUGUUUUUGAAGAGGAGAUCAACAUGGGCGAAUAUGCUGGCAGCGACAGACUGUACCACCAGUGGCUCUCCACGGUCAGGAAAGGAAGUGGAGCAAUUCUGAAUACUGUGAAAACGAAAGCAAACCCAGCCAUGAAGACUGUCUAUAAGUUUGCAAAAGAUCAUGCAAAAAUGGGAAUAAAAGAGGUGAAAAACCGCUUGAAGCAAAAGGACAUCACCGAGAAUGGCUGUGCCCCCACUUUGGAAGAGCAGCUACCAAAGACUGUGCCAUCCCCACUCGGGGAGGCCAAGGACCCCAAGCUCCGAGAAGACCGAAGGCCGAUCACAGUCCACUUCGGACAGGUGCGCCCUCAGCGUCCACAUGUCGUCAGGAGACCGAAGAGCAACAUCGCAGUGGAAGGCCGGAGGCCGUCCGUCCCGAGCCAGGAGCAGCCACAGCCCUAUCGGACCCUCAAGGAGUCGGACAGCGCAGAAGGCGAGGCAGAGAGUCCCGAGCAGCGAGCGAGGGAGCCCGUGGGCCCCGCCCCAGCUCCACCGGACCGGGCGGCCAGCGUGGACCUCCUGGAAGACAUCUUCAGCAGCCUGGACAUGGAGGUGCCUCUGCAGCCCCUGGGCCAGGCCAAGAGCUUGGAGGACCUUCGAACUCCCAAAGACCUGAGGGAGCAGUCGGGCACCUUUGACUAUCAGAGGCUGGACCUGGGCAGGGGUAACAGGAGCCGUGGGAUGCCGCUGGCCUUGAGGCUCGCUCACCCCUACAACAAGCUCUGGAGCCUGGGCCAGGACGACAUGGCCAUCUGCAGCAAGCCCCAGGCCCCCUCCCCCGAGGAGCCCUCGGCCCUGCUCAGCAACGCCCCGGCCCUGCUGCACAGACCCCAGAACCGGGACAGCAUCCUGAACCUCUGCGACAAGGAGGCAGCACCCGCCCCUGCUCCGGGCAGUAUCACCAUUCCCCGGCCACAGGGCAGGAAGACCCCGGAGCUGGGCAUCAUGCCCCCACCACCCACUGCCCGCCCAGCCAAGCUCCCGGCCGCCGGGGCCGCCCUCGGUGACUUCUCAGAGUGGCUGCAGGCCGAACCGGACAGGCGCCCGGCCCCGCUCCCCAGUGCUGCCCCCCAAGGCCCCACCAAACCGCUCCAGCCUCUCAGCCUGGCCCCGGGGGCUGCGGCCACUGGCAGCGAUGCCCUGCUGGCCCUCCUGGACCCACUUAGCACAGCCAGGGCAGACAGUACCCUUCCACCAGGCCCUACAGCCACAAAUGUAGCUACCCCCUUCACCCCCCAGUUCAGCUUCCCCCCCGCAGGGACCCCCACCCCAUUUCCACAACCAUCGCUCAACCCGUUUGUCCAAUCUGUGCCAGCGGCACUGCCCGCCGUGUCCCUGGUCUCCACGCCGGCCAGGCCUUUCGGGGCCCCUCCUGCUUCCCUGGGCCCAACUUUUGCCCCCAGCCUCCUGCUGUCCAGCUCUGGCUUCUGCCCCCCACAUAGAUCUCAGCCCAGCCUGUCUGCCCUCUCCAUGCCCAAUCUCUUUGGCCAGAUGCCCAUGGGUGCCCACACCAGCCCCUUGCAACCACUGGGCCCCCCAACAGCUGCCCCUUCAAGGAUCCGAACGUUGCCCUUGGUCCGUUCAAGUGCCAGGGCUGCUGAGGCCAAGCAGGGGCUGGCCCUGAGGUCUGGAGACGCCCCCCUCGUUCCUCCAAGACCCGCCCAGGGCCUGGAGCCAGCACUGCAGCCCUCUGCUACUCCGGAGGCCAGAGACCCCUUUGAGGAUUUGCUGUGGAAAACCAAGCAGGACGUGAGCCCGGCCCCGGCCCAGGCCCCCGGCUCCGUGGAGCAGCUUAGGAAGCAGUGGGAGACCUUCGAGUGA